AGUGUCCUGCUCCGGUGCGGUUCCCGUGUUCCCGUUCUUGUCCCGUCUCGACAUGGCCCUGCGGAGGCUGCUGGCGCUGGGGGCGGCCCUGGGGCGCCGCAGCUGCUGCUCCAAGCCCUCGCUGCCCCCUGACUUCGUGGAAGCCCUGAGGGCCGUGGUUGGAGCUCCCAAUGUCUCCACUGCCGCAGCGGUGCGGGAGCAGCACGGCCACGAUGAGUCCAUGCACCCCUGUGCCCCCCCGGACGUCGUGGUGUGGCCGCAGGCGGUGGGGCAGGUGCAGGAGCUGGCAGCCCUCUGUCACCGCGGCCGUGUGCCCAUGGUGCCCUUUGGCACCGGUACCGGCCUGGAAGGAGGCGUCAAUGCCGUGCAGGGCGGCGUCUGCUUUGACCUGAGUCGCAUGGACGCCAUCGCUGAGCUGAGCCUCGAGGACUUCUCGGUGACGGUGGAGCCCGGUGUCACCCGCAAGGCCCUCAAUAAGCACCUGCGUGGCACCGGGCUCUGGUUUCCUGUCGGUACUGUGGGCGGGGGGGUCAUGGGGCUGGGGGUGACCGCACUGGAGAGGCUGGGAUUGAGGACACACUUGAGGAGCUGUGGAUGGCCCAUCCCUUUUGCCCCAUUAAUCCUCUGUGCACUAACAGUCUCCAAAGCCUAG